GUUUUCCGAGAGAACAUUUCGUUUCAAUCAAAGCAAGGUAAAAAAAUAAUAAAGAAGGCCGGUUUGGAGGAAACAGAUAUCAACUAUCUGAUCAAUGGCCUACCGAGAAAAAAAUAAGGACCCAAGCAGCAGUGAGAGCAGCAACACAAGCAGCAGUGAAACGGACGAAGACUUCCUCUCCGCUGCCAGAUCCAUAAACCCCGAGCUAGGUCACAAAGGAAACAAGGGAGUUCAGGAAUCAUCUAAUGAUAUGGCUCCAAAUGGAAGCGGUCAAGGGGGUUCAAGCCCCCUCAGAAGGGUCAACUGGCCUGGAAAACCCAUGGCCAGGAAACAAAUUUGCAUGAAAUCAGAUAUGGCUGUAAUAAGGAGGCAUGUAAUGGGAUCUAGCAAGGUUACGGAAACAAAACAUGAAGUUAAGUCGAUUAACAAGGAAGAGAACUUUCCGAGCCCAAAGGUUAUGGAAAUCACUCAAGGAGUACAGUCCCUAAAAUUGGAAGAUAUCUCUACGUGCGCAAUGAGAUCCAAUGAACAGAACAUCAGAAGUCAACCUGAAGACCAAUUCUACAUUGGUCUACUGGAGGCAACGUGUUUGUUGUUGUUUACAUUGUUUCUCCUCAUGGUGGUGGUAUAUGUCUACAUACAUAUCUGGGGAAUUUGGAGUAACUUGUAAACUUGCCAUAAACCCUUUAUUCC